UUGAGCGAUCACGCACCAAAGGUGAAGGUCGAAAUAAUCCAUGCUCGCUUGUAUUAAGAAGUUUACAAUCCAAGGUGUCGUUCACAAUGAAUUAUCUUCCAGGAACUGCAAGUUUAAUUCAGGAGAUAGAUAAGAAGCUUCUGGUGGUAUUACGAGAUGGGAGAACUUUGAUAGGGUUUCUGCGGAGCAUUGAUCAAUUUGCAAACCUCGUCCUGCACCGAACAAUCGAGAGAAUUCAUGUGGGAAAGAAGUUUGGCGACAUUCCAAGAGGCAUCUUCAUCGUAAGAGGGGAGAAUGUCGUGCUAUGUGGGGAAAUUGACCUGGAGAAUGAGAACAACCUACCCCUGGAGCAGGUGUCAAUAGAUGAAAUCCUUGAGAUGCAGAGAGAAGAACAGCUGCAGAAGCAGCAAGAGGAGGAGAAGAAGAAGAAGGCGCUGAUGGAAAGAGGUCUGCAACCCAACGACCAUUCCGUUAUGGACGAGUUCUUCUGAGGAGUCCAGGUUGAGAUGAAACAUUGACAGAAGCUGGAACGAGCUGUAUGGGGACAGAGAGAGUCUUUGUUAUUGCUUUGGGAAUGGUAAAUAAGUUGUAUUUAUACUCACAUCCCAGUGGUGAAAUGUUUCUUGUAUACCACACAAAGUUGAUUGAUGAAGGCAUAUUGUAUUGGGCAUAUGCACCCCGAGAUUGCAAUGUUUGGCUGUAGUGAGUGUUUAGAACAUAAUUUGAGUAACCAGAAUAUUCUCACAAGCUGGUUUCGAUAACCAUUCAUGCUGCAUUUAAUUAUUUGUUAUGCAUUUUGUUCUUUUUUAUGUUACAUGGCGGUGGGGUAGCCUAGUGGUUAAAUCGUCUGCUUGUCUGGUUGAAGAACCGGGUUCGAUUCCCCACAUGGGUACAAUGUGUGAAGUCCUUUUCUGGUGUCCCCUGCCAUCAUGUUGCUGGAAUAUUGCUAAAAGUGGCAUAAAACUAACUCACUCACUGGCUCACAUUUUGCAUGUUGGAUGGAGGUGAGUGUUGAAGCAGGAAAGUUUAAGAAUAUUCGUCAGUGUUUAGAGAUUAGUCAUUAUGAUCAAAGAACACAAAAUCAAGUUAAGGUUGUAAAUCCUUUUAUCAGGGUAUCAGAGGAAGGUGUGAUUGAGGCCAGCAAAUCCUAUGUUCUGCUUGAUUAGAACUUCACUUCAUUUUGUUCAAUUAUUUUAAAUGAUAAUUUUGAUAAAAAUUUCUAUUUGAACUGGAAUAAUUGUACAAGUCACCAUUGGUUGAUGUCAGCCUCUAAGAUGCCUUUGUGUUUUGUAUCCAGUGAUGCAGGUAUGAUGUACUUGUCUCACCGUGAAGACUUCAAAAUUGCAAUGCUCAGUGUAAACAUAUUGCAGUGAUGUGGAACAUAUUAUCAGCAACAGAUUCAGACUGUACUUGAGUUUGUGUGUACAUUAUCAGGAUCAUCUCACACAACGAGAAAAAGCAAGUCACUUGAUUUCAUUUAUUAAUUCUCUCAUAUUUACAAGAUAUUUUUGUGUAUGUUUAUUUUAGUUGAGUGUCUCUGUGUUAGCAAUUAUAAUUAUAAUAAUAAUUAAUUACAGAUCAAAACUGUUUUCCAAAACUGCUUGGCAGGUCAAAAUGUUAUCAGUAGAUUAAGUAUCUGGUUGUGUAUUCAUGUUGAAAAUGGCUCCCUCUCAAAGCAGAACCAAAAGAUACAUGUUAGGAAAUUUAGAGUUUGUGCCAAACUUACUCUGCGACAUCAGUAGGCAUAUUGUAUUGCAGAGUACCAGAAUGUUGAAAGGGGACAUGAAGCCUGACAUCCAAGAUGCCACAAUUGGAUGUGCAGAGUUAUAUCCCUUACAGGGCCAGGAUUCUGUGAUUGUCGGUCAGAAUCUCUGAAUUUUGCACAAUAUCCAUGAUAGUGGAUUUCAUGAAAGAAAUUUAUGUCUACAACCCAUCACUUGUGGAUUUCCUUCAGCAUUACAUAGACACAACUGAAAUUACCAUGCUGUAACUGAAAUUUUGUUCAUAGCAGUGUAAAAGAAAAGAAAGAAUUUUUUUAUUCCAAAUGACUGUAUUGACAACUGUGUUAAAACCAUGAAAUAAGCUCUGCAUAGAAUGAACGACUUCAUAUUUACAAGAAGUGUAGUUUAGCUAAUGAACAAGAUGAAUGUUAUAAGUACUAAUCUGUUACAAAUAUCAAAUCAGUUUCCAUUGGCACAGGGGGCAUUGGUGGCAAAGUCCACUAAGGUGCUAUUAUUUGCUGUACAGAGUUGUGCCCCUUUGGCACGUGAGAACACCCCAUUGUCGUGGGCUCGGAUACUGUUUUGCCCCAAUUUUAUGUUUCUGGGAUCGUCGGCAUCCUACCCCAGCUCAGGGGUUUCACCAAAGUGGUAGUGUCUAACAACUUCAUCACUUUGGGCUCUCUUCCCACAUCAAGAAGAGCUUGGUAUUUAUAACAGUCAUUCAUUCACUCUCCCAAGCGCUUUGAAACAGAACAACAAAAUUUCUCAUGCAGGAUGUUUUCUAAUGGUUAAGUUUAUACCAUGUUGUUCCAUUGUAAGUGUACAAGAUGUAUACGUAUUGAUGCAUGUUUUUCUUACCCCAUUUUGGCAGUAUAAGUUUUGAGCCAUGAUUUUGUUAUUUUGAAUGCUAGAAAAUACAUAUUGACUAUUGUGCCAUAUUAGGCAGGGCCGCUCUUGAUCACCGAAGAAGCGUUAGAUAGCUUGGGGUCAGAGCGACCUGAAGAUCAAACAUCAGUGACAUUCAACAUUGUCUUAUGAUAAAGAACUGUCACUUUUGAUCUUUCUUUACUUUCAAGUAUAUCUCAUUAGUUAUUGGUUACUCUUCACAUCGAUUUUUAUUGAAUUUGAGCACGUUUUGUUGAUAAUUUGAUUAAAUAGCUUUGCAGGAAAAUUGCAA